AUGUUGCUCUACACUGUUAGCUCUGUGGCUUGGCUGCUAGUUGUCGGCAAUGCUGCACUCAGAAACGACCAUCACAGUAAUGUCAUUCGACAAGUUGCGGCAAAUGAGGCUGUAACUUGCCAGUUCUUGCACCAGAAAGAGCUGGGACUCUGCGGUUCAUCAACCGGCGUCCCGACUCACAUCACUACAACGCCCAACGCAGGAGAGACCGGCCCGCCCUCCACCCCGGUGGAAACCACUGCCGCCUGGGAUAGUUCUGUUGUUGCGCAACCAGCCUUGACGACAAGUACCACAGUCCAUGACGGUGUCACCAAAGAAGUCGUCAUUAUCAAUGGAGGGCCUCUCACGUCUCCUAUAACCCUCCCGGCCCCAUUGCCCACCAAGCUUGAUCCUUCUGCUCCAGAGGUUAGGUCGAGCGUAUCUUCUAUCUCAUCAGAUGUCUCAAUCGCUCUAUCGACCGUCACCGCCUGGCUCACUCAACCGGAGCAACCGCGGGCAUCGGAAGCCAUCAAAGCUGUCCAGCCUCUCGUCUCGAUUGUUGGCGGCCUUACCAAUAAUGUUCCAGGAGGAGUCAUCCAAACAACCUGCACAGCUAUGUCCUCGGAGGAGAGCGGCCUGGCGCAGAACUUAAGCUUCCUUAUGUGCAGGCUGCUCGACAUUCUCCGCGGUCUUGGCACAGGUCUCGUCGCAACUGACCCGUCACAAAUCGACUCUGCCACCACAGUAGUCCGAUCUGGUUCGGAAGAAGUGGCAGCAGAUAUCUCAAGCGCGGCAGCUAAUGUUGGGGCUGGUGGAGCUCCGCUAUCGACAACACCAACGGGAGUGCCACACACAGCUGCAACUCCCACUGUGUCGACCCCGAUUCACAGCAGCACCGGACUCGAAACCCCUCUCACGACAGAUACGGCACCAACCCUCACCAAGAUUCCAGAGCUUGCAGUGUUCCAAACCCUCACCGAUGUGACUUACACAACACCGACGUACAUCACAACAACAUCGCCCGGAAGUGAUCAACCCACGAUAGUUCCAGUGAUUAUUCCCUUCUCCGGCCCGCCCCGAAUAUGUUUUGGCUGCUACUUGUCAUUCCCUCCGAACAUCGCUAUCAGCGUGCCGGAGUUUUGCAUCCAGCUUUUCGGCUUGAACAUUGGCAGUUGUCCUCCGUCUUCAGAUACUGACGGAAAAGACGGGGACAACGAUGAGGAUCAGAAAUCAGACUCGCAGUCCUCCACUACAUCCACUUCUUCGUCAUGUACCACCACUAUUACUGCGACACACGAGAGCGUAUUCUGCUCUGUGACGAAAGAAUCGCCAACGGAUGGUAGCCCAACAAAGACUCUCGGGUGCUCAACAGCCGCGUUUACCACAGUCACUGGCUGUUCCGGCCAAAACUCAGCAACCACUUCCACGUCGGAGCUGAGCACCCCGACAGAGUGGUUGUGUAACCCGUCAACCUGCGGUGACGCGGACUGCGCGGCAUCGAAGAAGAGAAGUCGUGAGCUAGCGCCUCGUGAACUCCAAGAGCGCGGCGACCCUGAGCAAGGCGUCUGGCCCGACCCGAGUGAUUAUGAAGGUAAUCAAGACGCAUUCAUGGCUGGGGAGACCUGGGAGAUUGUCCAAAUGCAACCCCCUUACGACGCCAAGGAGGUUAAACUUACUACUUUUAAGCACGGUGACCACGUGACUAGUCACAACUGGGUCUCUUUCGAUGACAAAGUAGCAGCCCUGUCUGUCCAUGGGCUUUACGGGUGCACUUCUGUUGUGGUAUUGUCUCAGAGAGGUGCGUGGGCGAGCCAUAUCUGGGAGAAGGCUUUCACCAGCCACAUCGAGAAUGACUUCACCUUCAGAGCCAUCAGGGAUCUCCAUUCAGGAGUCGGAAGCACAAACAUAUUGACCGAAUAUAGAGAGUGGGGAAUGGAUGACCUCAAAGACAAACCGGAUGCCGGGAACCGCGGUAUCAUCUUCGGCGACGGCACGCCGGCCGAUAGCAAUUUGCCGAUUCAGGUUUUCAUCUUCACACCACGCGAACGUCCUACACAGUCUGCGACGGAUGAAGCCCGCCUAGAUCCCAGCUACAAUGCAGGAGGGAUUCUGUACGGCCCAAGGAUUGCGCAGAUACACGAUGACUUGUACAAAACCUUCUCGACAACCUCGACACAAGUGAGAGUAGACGUCAUUGACUAUGCCCCCAAAACUCGAGGUACACCUCAACAGUUGCUCGACUUAGAAAUCACGGAAUCACGCGGUAAAUUGCUCAUUCAGUACCAACCAGCUCCCGACUGCACCGGCAAGGCCAGCUGGCGAAUGUGGGUCGAAGGAAGACCGCUGGAAGGGCGCACUGCCAGCUGGGACCCUGCGAGCAACCAAAUCUUUCAAGGCCAAGCUGCUGGCGGAGCUGCAGCCAAGCGACAGGCCUGCCCGAUCCGAUCAGCGACUCCCGGUGGUACUUCGUCGGAGCCCUCUCAACAGACGAGCCUGCCUGCUUCUGUUCCGACGACUGUUCCGACGACAACUAGACCUAUGGAAACUCUUACUUCGUCGCCGGAGCCCGCGAAGACCACAACGUCACCGGCUGUCAAGGAAAGCACGACGGCUCCGCCUCCACCGAAGUCGACAACGUCAACCAAGCCUCCGCCGCCGAAGCCCACCGAGCAGGUUUUGAUCGAGUUUGCGUUGGAAAAAGCUACCCCGUCCGAGCCGGGCCAAAUUCCUAACUCGAGAGGCUCCUGGGUCAUGUUCCUGAAGAAAGCAGACGACGCAAGCCGCAGAGAGUGCGACGACAAGAGGAUUGGCCUGAAGGCCAUUGGCACAGUACUUCCGCUUUUGGAAGAUUCGGGCGACACAAAAACCUCCGACAACUUAUCGUGGCCUCCUACUUUUGAGGCUGAUUCCGGGGUGGAAAUUUCUGGCCGAAAGCAAUGUAGGUAUAACGAGAAGAAGGACGGUGCGGGAACUUUCGUCUGCGAUGGGAUUGGUUCGUUUGACUGUAUCAAGGAUGAGCAGUCUAACGGUCCGAAGACUUGUGGCGGGUUGCCUCAGCUUGUCUACUAUCCAAAAGUCAGAUGUUUGUUGCCGGUUGCUUAG